AUGAAUCGAGGUGAGGUUCAAUACUCUGCAUAUACUUCUAAUCCUUUAGGAAGUUCAAUAUCUGUUCUCAACUUAGCAGAAGUUGUCAAUGAGAAAGUUGAUGCUUCAAGCAUUGGAAUGGGUGGUGAUAGUUAUUUGCAGGUUCUUUGUAGACAAUCCUUCCCUGGUCCUCUUACAAGUGGAAGUCUUGGUGUUAAGGAGUUGAACAGAUGGAUUGAUGAGAGUAUAAUGAAUUACAGAAAGGGCGAAAUUUUGAGGUUGCUCCUGUCAUUGCUUAAGAUAGCCUGUCAGUAUUAUGGAAAACCUCCUUUCGGUAGUGAUGCAACAUUGAAGACCCCUAUUGUCCACGGCAUGGACCCCGUCACUCCUCGUUUCACCGCACCAGCUAAACGUCUUGUUCUUCUUAUUGCGGAUGGUUUAAGAGCGGACAAGUUUUUCGAACCGGAUUCAGAUGGGAAUUACAGAGCGCCGUUUUUGAGGAGUGUAAUUAAAGAGCGUGGUCGCUGGGGAGUAUCGCAUGCCCGGCCCCCCACUGAAUCUAGGCCUGGUCAUGUUGCAAUCAUUGCGGGCUUCUAUGAAGAUCCUAGUGCUGUCACAAAAGGAUGGAAGGCAAACCCUGUUGAGUUUGAUUCGGUGUUCAAUAGGAGUCGACAUACAUUUGCUUUUGGAAGCCCAGAUAUUGUUCCUAUAUUUUGUAGUGCUUUACCACAUAGCACUUGGAAUUCGUAUCCUCAUGAAUAUGAAGAUUUUGCCACUGAUGCAUCUUUUUUGGAUGAAUGGUCGCUUGACCAAUUUCAGAACCUUCUAAAUAGGUCCAAUGAAGACGCAAACUUGAAGCAGCUUCUUCACCAAGAUAACCUUGUUAUAUUUCUGCACCUGCUUGGUUGCGAUUCAAAUGGUCAUGCUCAUCGGCCCUAUUCAUCCAUCUAUCUCAAUAAUGUUAGGGUUGUUGACCGUAUUGCUGAAAGGGUUUAUGAUCUUAUUCAGAAUUACUUCAAGGACAAUCUGACAGCAUACGUUUUUACGGCCGACCAUGGGAUGAGUGACAAAGGAAGCCACGGUGAUGGACACCCUUCAAACACUGAUACUCCCCUUGUUGCUUGGGGAGCAGGUGUUAGAUACCCAGUCCCAGUUUCCCAUAAUCAUCAUUCUGAGAACAUUGUUCUCUUUGUUGACAAGCACAUGCAUGACAUGCCAACUCCACCAGAGUGGGGUCUUGAUGGCAUAGAGAGACUGGAUGUUAACCAAGCUGAUAUUGCACCAUUGAUGUCAACGCUUCUUGGUUUGCCAUGCCCUGUAAACUCAGUUGGGAAUCUGCCUCUUGGAUAUGUCAGUUUUAGAGAGGUGGAAGAAGUUGAGGCUGUACUUGCUAAUACGAGACAAAUUCUUAAUCAAUUUCUUCGCAAGUCACAGUUAAAGGAGUCAAACUCGUUACAUUUCAAGCCUUUCAAACCCUUGGCCAAUUAUUCUUGGGUAUUGGAUCAAAUAGAAUAUUUGAUAUCUGUUAGGGACUAUGAAGCAGCGAAGAAUCUAUCAGAAAAUCUUAGAAGCUUGGCACUGGAAGGGCUUCAUUACUUUCAAACUUAUGACUGGUUGAUGCUGAUGACUCUUAUUUCUCUUGGUUAUGUUGGGUGGAUGAUUUAUCUUAUACUUCACGUGUUGCAAUCUUAUACUUUACUGCCGGUAAAUUUUUUUGAAAAGGAGCAAGUAGUUAAUCUGAGAAACAAUUCCGGAAAGGUAUAUGUUGCUGGAUGCCUAUUCAUGGGAUUAGUUUGUAUUCUACUACUUGUGGAACAUUCUCCUCUUCUUUACCAUGCAUAUUUUGCAAUGACAAUAUUACUGUGGACCCAAAUAUUUAGUGAAUAUCAAUUCAUAAAAGCACUGUGGAGAGAUAUGCAACGAAGAGAGAUUCAUUAUUUCAUAAAACUUAUAGCCACUUGCAUUGUCUCAGUGUUCGUUCUUGAAAUCCUGGUGAAAAGCUUCAUGGAGAGGAAGCUGUAUACUUGGUGUUUCUUGUUUGUUGGAGUUACUGCUUCAAUUUACCUUUUUUACUUGAUACCAUGGAGAUCUGGAGUGCCAAUUUUUGUAUGGCUCUCAUGUUGGUUUUUGUCCAUAUUUACUUUGAUGCCGGCUGAAAUUCCAGAUAAUACUCCACUUGUAGUUGCUAGUGGAUUUUUGAUUAUUGUAAUUGGAGGAGUUGCAAGAUAUGUAAAUAAGCAUGCUGGAGAUAGUAGAUAUUGGCUUAGCUUAACACGUGACAUGAAGAAAUCCAAGUUCCCAAUGCUCUUUCAGUUGCAGAUUCUUCUGGUUGGCUUUUCAUCAAUGAUGGUGUCCCUGUCAACAUCACAUAGAACUGAGAAACAGGAGUUGCUUGUAUUACACCAAGUAAUAAAUUGGUUAAUUGCAGGGUUUUCCAUGGUUCUCCCUCUUUUUUCGGCUGUUGGUCUCUUGUCUAGGCUUACUUCCAUAUUUCUUGGUUUUGCACCUGCCUUCCUCCUCCUGUCAAUUGGAUAUGAAGCUGUCUUCUAUAGUGCACUUGCUCUUGCACUUGUGGCAUGGAUAUUAUUUGAGAAUGCUAUUCUCUGUACAAGUAAGGUGAACAGAUCUCCAACUUCAAUAAAUGCUAUGGAGGAUAACAUUAUUGUCGCACAUGACGAUCGGCAGCUGCAGUUAUCUGAUAUGCGAAUUCCCUUAGCCUUUAUGGUGUUCUUCAACAUUGCAUUCUUUGGAACUGGUAACUUUGCGAGUAUUGCAAGUUUUGAGAUUUCAUCUGUUUAUCGAUUCAUCACAAUUUUCAGUCCAUUUCUGAUGGCGGCCCUUCUCAUUUUCAAAUUGUUAAUACCCUUUAUACUUGUCAUUUGUGCGUUUAGUGCAAUUACAAAAUUGAUCCAAGUUCCAUUGUUGGGAUGCUAUUUCCUUGUUAUCUGCUGUUCGGAUGUAAUGACAAUCCACUUCUUCUUCCUGGUCCGCAAUACUGGUAGCUGGAUGGAAAUUGGCAACAGCAUUAGCCAUUUUGGAAUAAUGAGUGCCCAAGUUGUGUUCGUUCUCUUGCUUUUUGCCCUUACGAAUGUUUACACGAAAGACAUUCAACCAAGAUCCAGAAAGCAGUUUACUCGAAAAGCAAUGUGA